AUGGCCUUCCCGGUCCCGCCCUCGGGCGUCUGGUGCCCAGCCGUGACGCUCUUCGACCCGGCGACCGACACGCUCGACCUGGCCUCGCAGGCGGGUUACUUCGGCUACCUCGGCUUGCAGACCGGCCUGGCGGGACUGGUGGUGCUGGGCACCAACGCGGAGACGUUCCUGCUGACGCGCGAGGAGCGGCGCGCGCUGGUGCGCUGCGCGCGCGCGGCGCUGGCGCCCGGGGGGCACGACGGCGCGCGGCCGCCGCCGAUCAUGGUUGGUGUCGGCGGCCACUCGGAGCGGCAGGUGCUUGAGUUUGUGGACGAUGCGGUCGCCGAGGGCGCCGACUACGUGAUGCUCCUGCCGCCGGGGUAUUUCGGGCGCGUGGACAGGGUCGGCGAGGUGGUCGAGGGGUUCUACGACCGCGUCGCCCGGGAGUGUGCGCGGAAGGGGGUCGGGGUGGUGGUGUAUAACUUCCCUGGGGUGUGCGGAGGGAUAGAUCUGGAUAGUGAGGCUAUUGCGAGGCUGGUGAGGAAGCAUGAGAAUAUCGUGGGAGUGAAGCUCACGUGUGGGAGCGUGGCCAAGAUCACCAGGCUGGCGGCCGAGUUCCCGCCGGAGCGGUUUGCCGUGUUUGGCGGGCAGAGUGAUUUCUUGAUCGGGGGCCUGGCGGUGGGCAGCGCAGGCUGCAUCGCCGCGUUUGCGAACGUGUUCCCCAAGACGAUCGUGGAGGUGUACAACUUGUACAAGGCGGGCAGGACACAGGAGGCGCUGGAGUUGCACCGGAAGGCGGCGCUCGCGGAGCAGGCGCUCAAGGCCGGCGGCAUUGCGGCAACCAAGUAUGCGGCGAGCGUGUUUACUGCGCCCGUGGCCGGGGUGGAGGAUGCCGAGGCGAAGAUGAUGCCCCGGAGGCCGUACCUGCCACCUACGGAGGAGGCCAAGCGAAAGAUCAGGGGAGCGCUGGCCGAGGUCGCUGCGAUUGAGAAGAGCAUUGUGAGGUGA